CCAUUGUUCUGCUUUGAUGCACGAUGGGCUGACAAUCUAGAGGUCAAGGCUAUGGUAGCUUAUGUGUGGUUGGAGGAAGUACAUGGGUUCCCCAUGUACCAACUUUGGGAGAGGCUAAAAAAGCUAUGACAUUUGCUCUAUGAUUGGAGCAAGGCUGGUACUACGGACUCUCUCAGAAAUAUUAAAACCCACCAAGCCGAAAUUGAUUGGGCCAAGCUUAGCCACCCGAUUAAUUGGGAUGAGGUAAGAUCUUUGGAAGUUGAGUGAGUCGGCAAUAGGAGGCAGAUGAGGUCUAGUGGCAACAUAAAUCGCGGGUUCAUUGGCUUAAGAAAGGCGACAAAAAUACGUCGUAUUUUCAUACGGUCACACGGGGUCGUCGAAAACGCAACCUUGUACCUGGAAGGCUGACAUAGCUACCAACUUUUAUCAACACCUCUUUACCUCAGAGAACCAAGUUUUAAACAUGGAUGCCAGGAUUGCCGAUCUGCCGCUUGACUGCAAGGUAACGGCUGAGAUGAAUGCUAACCUUACGGCAGAGGUCCUUCCUGAUGAAAUUCGUAUAACGGUUUUCUCCAUGGGAUCAAAACAGGCCCUUAGAUCUGACGGGUUCACUGAUAAAUUUUUUAAGUCUUUCUGGGAUAUUGUGGGUGCCUCAGUGGUUGAUGUUGUCCGUUCUUUUUUUAGCAUGAGCAGGAUGCUCUGCAGCUUUAAUCACACAUGGCUCACUCUGAACCCCAAAGUAGACACUGUCGAGGACAUGAGGCAGCUCAGGCCGAUAAGCCUAUGCCAGUUUAUGUAUAAGAUUAUAACUAAAACCGUGUCUGAGAGACUAUCCCAAUAUUUACCUCAGAUCAUUUCGGAGGGGAAGAAUGCGUUUAUCUGUGGAGAAUGUCCUUCGGGCAUGAGUUAAUGCACUAUUUAAAAAUCAAAAUGUGAGGCAAGAAGGGGGUACAUGGCUCUGAAGGUUGACAUGGAAAAGGCCUAUGAUAGAGUCGAAUGGCCAUUUCUACUUGCGAUUUUGAAAAAAAUGGGUUUUAACUCGACCUGGCGUGGCUUGAUCCAGGAGUAUCUCCGCUCAACAUCAUUUUCGGUGCUUAUGAAUGGUACCCUUUCAGGGUUCUCCACCCCGUCUCGUGGUCAUCGGCAGGGGGACCCUCUGUCCCCUCUCCUUUUUGUGCUUUGCACCGAGGGCUUUCCAGCGCUCCUUCAACAAGCUAUCUCUGAUGGAAAGUUGGAGGGGGUUAAGGUUGCUUCGCCCCUAGUGCCUCCGCUCGGCAUCGUUUUUGGUGCUUAUGAAUGGUACCCUUUCAGGGUUCUUCAUCUCGUCUCGUGGUCUUCGGCAGGGGGACUCUCUGUCCUCACUCCUCUUUGUGUUUUGCACUGAGGGCUUUGCGGCGCCCCAGGAGAAGAAAUUGUUAAGUCGGCUUCAGGGUUGGAAGUAGAGGACACUAUUGUGGGCCACGAAAGAGACCUUGAUUAAAUCAGUCGCUUUGGCUUUACCAUUGCAUGUUAUGUCCUGCUUCAAGCUUCCCUUAUCCCUCUAUCGACUCUUGGAUAGUCAUGUGGCUAGAUUUUGGUGGGGUGUUGAAGGGGGGUCAUUCCCGGGUAAGGUGGAUGUCCUGGAAAAAUAUGUGCACCAACAAUAAGCAUGAUGGUGGCAUGGGUUUUCACCGGUUUGAGCACUUCAAUCAGGCUUUUUGGCUAAAAUUGGGUGGCAAAUACUGUCUGAGCCACAGUCUCUUUUGGCUAAGGUCUAUAAAGGCAAAUAUUUCCC